AAAGGUCUGUCAAAGUCACCAAUGGAACACUUUUGGUUACAUAACAGAGUGGAGUUUGCGCCGUCAUAACACAAACAUGGAUUGUGUCUCAAAACCUAGCGCGAUAUCUCCCUAGACAGCAUAUGCGCUCAGCUGACUCGGAAAGCGCUUAUGUGUUAAAAUGCUGUCUAGGUAGUCAGCUCACUGGGUUUUAAACACUGACACUGAACCCGACUGAGCAUGAGCAGUCGCCAUUGUUUGGGCAAUAGAUUAGCCUAGUACUGGCAAUCAGUCUUCAUACGAACAUUUAUAAAUUAAUAUCACUAAAAAGAGUGGGCAAAUUGCAAUAUUGACUAACGGUUUAUUUGAACAUAUAAUUAUUUGUUCUGUAUGAGUUAUUAAGUGAAGAGAUCGACGCAAAACUAAGAAUGACAGAUCCAAGAAGUGGAUAUCAGCAGUUGAAUAAUGAGGCGGAGGCAGGAGAGGUGAUCCAACAAGCAACUGAUGCUCCUCCACCAUACAGCACCACUGGAGCAAGUAACGCAGCUUUUUUUGAGUACAAAGAGGAUGACGUGUACCCCAAACCUCCCUCAUACAAUGUUGCCACAUCAUUGCCAUCAUAUGAUGAGGCAGAGAGGAGCAAAGCAGAGUCCACUGUACCCCUCGUCACUGACAGGGAUGAGGACUUUAUUGCCAGGGAUGGCUUUCAUGAUACAGAUCAACUGCGGGUUGGAAAUGAUGGGAUAUUCAUGCUGACAUUUUUCAUGGCAUUCCUCUUUAACUGGAUUGGCUUUUUCCUGUCCUUCUGUCUGACCAACUCUGCUGCUGGCCGCUAUGGUGCCAUCUCUGGGUUUGGACUCUCCCUGGUUAAAUGGGUCCUGAUUGUCAGAUUUUCUACUUACUUCCCUGGAUAUUUUGAUGGGCAAUACUGGCUGUGGUGGGUUUUCCUUGUUGUAGGAUUCCUGCUCUUCUUCCGGGGAUUUGUCAACUACUCCAGAGUUCGCAACAUGGCAGAUCAUUCCAUGUCGACCCUUCCUCGAACCCGAGUUCUUUUUAUCUAUUAGGUAAAUCAUAAGAAAUUAUUCACUGGGUUUUAGGUGUGUUUAUGUGUGUGCAGUAAUGCCCGCAUUAGUGAUAAGAAUGUAAAAGAUUAAUUAAAAGAGAUUGUUUUAAAAUGUAAAAAUAAAUAUUUCAAUAAUCUAAAUGAUUGAAUAUAUAAGUAAAAUCUAGGUUAAGUAUUUUCUGUUAAUUAAAAAAAAAAAAAAUCUGUUUAUGCAUAGAUUUUAAACCUCAGGAUAAUUGCAAAAUGAACAAAACAGCAAACUCAAAGCAAGCUGCCUACAGGUUUUUGAAUCUUCAGGACAUACAUCUUCCAAAUACAUCUGCUUUUGACACCCUUGCAUCUCUGUUGUUUACAAAAUGGAUCUAAUUGAUUAAUGGAUUGGCAUUUUACUAAAGGAUUUUAGCCGUCCUCCAACCAUUUAUCAGUGCUUAAUAUAAAGUGCAGUCAUAAUACAUGGAUUAUUUAUGCAGUUAAUGUGCAUGUGUUUGGCAUUUUAUAUGUGCACUCAGUCAUUUUUUCCUCAUUAAAAAAAAAAGUUCUGCUCCUAAAGGAAUUUGUUGUAAUUUUGAAACAUAUUUAUAAAAUCACGACCACGCACAUGAGAUGAAGACUCCAGUCAUAUCAGUAACCUUAUAAAAGCUGUUUUAUUCUACAUGGAGAGGGUCUUCAUGGGGGCUGCCAUGAUAGCAUCACGUGACCAGAUGAAAAUACUACUAGCUUAAUCUCAUUAACCUCCCUGUUUUUGGAAACUUUCACUCAUGAAUGAAAUCAAUCAUGGCUGACUGUGAAUAGUGAAUUUCUGCAAUGGCAUUGGCAAUUGAAAACUAUUGUUUAAAUGAUGCUACAUCCACACCCCUAGGUGUCAGUGUAAGUCCAAGACGACAUAUUCAACAAAUUUCUUAGUGCACCUUUAAAUUACAAUAAGCAGUGAUGCCAUCAUAGAGUUUUCUCUUAAUUUGUGGGAAAGUUGUAAUUUUACUUUGUGAGUAAAUCUAAUAGUUUAACUUCUUUUGUGAAUUAGAAAAAAGUAUGUAUAUAAGGUACACAAGAAGAGAGUGACGUCAAACGUUGUAAAUGAACACUUUUAAGAUAUACACACAGAACAAAAAAACACAGAGAACAAAUGCCGGGUCCUUUUUAAGUUUAUUCAAUGAUACCUAAGCCUGUUUCGAAUUGCUGUCAUAAAGAGGACCAAAAUAUUAGUUAUUUAAAAGGUAAGCCUAGAUUAAUUGCAAACUGAUUCAGCAUUCAAGCACAUCUGAAUACAUUGUUAUGCGCUUAAUCAAUCAAGCAUCUGGUUUGCGUAAUAGAACAUUUUAUGAUGCCAAAUGUAGCAUUAGAUGAUUAAUUGAUUUAUUUUUAUUGAAGACUGCAGUAUGAGAUAGUGCUUCACAAUGUGUUAUUUGUGAUUUAUAUGUUUUACACUUGUCAAGUAACUUUUAAUAAAUGUAACUUCUAUGACAA